AGCAACUAUUCUCUUUUUGGUAUCAGAGCUCCAGUUCGGCACCUAGGAUAUUCCUUUUGUUCCUUGUUCUCCAUCUAGAGUCUUAAUCUUAGAAAUCAUGUCUACCGAUCCUGUGUCCUCUAAUAUUUCUGCACUCUGUUUCUGCAACCAUUCCUACUGUUACUGUCGGGUCUGGCACCACUGUCUUCUCCACCAUUCCUACUGUGACUACUUCACUGUCCUUUAUCACUACCCCUAUUGCCUCUCAUCUUCCAAUUAUGUUGCCUUCUCCUACAAUCAAAACUCCUGGAUUCUCAUCGCUGGUUUCCCCUGUUUUCUCACAUCCAGUAUUCACCAUUUCUAAUAUUAAAAAUCUUGUCCCAGAGACCUUAAAUCAUCAGAAUUUUACCUUGUGGCGUGAGCUAAUGAUCCCUGUUUUCAAUAGUAAGGGAGUUUUUGGGCAUAUUGAUGGCACCGAUCCUUGUCCUUUACCCGGAGAUCUGAUGUUUGAAGCAUGGACACAGAUUGAUUAUCAGAUAUUAUCAUGGAUUCAAGCAACUAUUUCUAGUGAAGUUUUGCAGAUGAUUAUUCAGCCUAGAAAAUCCCUGUCAGCAAAGGAGGCAUGGGAUGCUAUUCAUGUUGCUCAUCCAAAUCAAUUGGAUGCUCAAGCUUUAUUUCUUCAGCAGGAUUUUUCUUCCAUCCAUCGAGAUGUGGUUUUUCAGGUUCUGGCUGGAUUGGAUUCUGACUAUAAUGUAGCCAAGCGCACGAUUCCUCAACGAGUUCCCUUCCCGUCAUUCUUGGAACUGCAUUCGUUACUUUUGAUUGAAGAGGUUAGUGUUCAACGUGAGAAAGGGACAAUUUCCCAGCAAUUAUUACCGGAUGCAUCGCAGGUUCUACAAGCCACUGUUCAACCGUCUCCACAAUCUUCCACUGCUGUUCCAAUGUCUUCAUAUCAAAUACAUGCUACUAAUGUUGCACCCAGAUCUGAUUUUCUUGGUUUUUCAAGAGCUAAUGGACGAGGUUUUCCUCGUGGAGGUCGUCGUGGUUCACGUGGUGGUUGAUCUGGUCGUGGUUCUUAUAAUUCCAGGAGUUCUUUUCAGCAAUAUAGUGCUGGUUUUGGCUGAGGGAAUGGUGCAUUUAGUGGUCGUGGUUCCGUGCCUCCUAGUGGAUUACCGCUUAUUUUACCUACACCACCUGUUGCCUCCUCUCUACUUGCUUGUCAAUGAUGUGGACAGUUGAGUCAUCAAGCUAGAGAAUGUCCAUAGUUGGUUCGGCCACCCUUUGUGUCUCACCAAACAUAUUUUGCUACACCUUCAUAUCCACCUCCUACUUUUGAUCCAAACUGGUACGUUAACAGUGGUGCCAUGACCCAUGUUACUGGUAAUUUGGGUAAUCUUUUAACCUCUUCUGCUUAUUCUGGUUCUGAUUUUAUAUAGGUUGGUAAUGGUCAACUUCUACCUAUUACUCAGUCUGGUAGUGCUAUUCUACCUUCUUUACAUCAAUUUUUCAAACUAAAUAAUGUUCUUGUUUCUCCUCGUAUCACUAAAAAUUUAGUCUCUGUUCAUCAAUUCACAAAGGAUAAUGAUUGUAGUAUUGAUUUUGAUUCUUUUGGUUUUUCUAUUAAGGAAAACAAGACGCAGAGAGUUCUUUAUCGUUGCAAUAGUCCGGGGGGAUUGUAUUCCUAGUCCAGUGGGUCUCCUAGUUAUCCAACUACUUUUUCUACUUCAACUGUGUCUUUUGAUGUGUGGCAUCUUCGUCUUGAUCAUCCAGGGUUAGAGUCUCUCACUCAUCUUCAAGUGUGGUUCUAUCUCCUCCAAUAAGAAGCCUUUUUCCUU